AUGACAAACUCAACGGCGGCCAAGACCGAACAGGAGCGUCUGCAUGACAAGUGUGUCAACAUAACACGGGAAGGACGCAAGAUCGGAGUACGAUUGGAAGCGCUAGAGGCUCAGAUCAAGAAGCUACGACUAAAGGGAAAGCUUAUCAAGGCAAAAUCGAGACUUAGCGAGGACGAUGCUACCAACACCUUCCUGUCGUAUGCAAAGAAAAAAUGCCUGGAGCUUUGCGACAACGUCCAGAAGGCGUUUCCACGCGAGAUCCGAGAUAUCAUCUACGGCCAUAUCACCUGCCGUGAUGAUGCGGACAUGCCAGACUGGCCGAAAUGGGGAAAUCCAGAGAUUAUCGAAGAAUCAUAUUUCCGCACACAAUCAGAAACACAGUUACGGAAGCCCAAUGGGACACACGAGAAAGACCACUGGUGGGAUCCGGACUUUGUAGGCGCCGACAUGGUCCGAGAGAUUGGCGAGAACUACUACCGCUCUUCUUACUUCCAGUUUGGAGGCACAUUCGACAUAAUACCCCGAUUUCGUGCGACAGAUCAAUGGAAUCUAGCCUUUACACCCGUUCUGCUCGUCUCAAAAGUCGGAAUCGAAAUCAAGUGUAAACAAUACUACACUGAACUUAUUGUUACACACAACUGGGGUGACAUCAUCGAAGAAUACAAGGAGUUGCGUGGAAAGGAAUUGACUCAGGCCAAGGCCAAGCUCCUAGUAAAACUGGAGUUCUUGUUUGGUUUCAGACCGGGCACGGAUAUUACCAUAGUGGUUAAUUCGGUCCCAGAGGAAAAGGUCCCCUCUACUCUGACAGAACAGGAGUGGAUGUGCGAGAACCCCAUAAAGUUGAUUUUCCCUGUACUGAGAAGGCUCAAAGAUUCUGGAUGCAGGGUUCGGGCUGUUCUUGAAAAUUACCCAGAAGGGCCAUAUAGUGACUGGGCCCCGUUCGUUUCGCAGUGGAACCCAGUUUCGUUUGAAGCUUUCAAGAAAGCUAUCUCAGAGCAGCAUACCAGCAACGAAGAGUUGAAAGUACUACAGUAUGAGAUCGACCGAGAGGGUUCCGAUAAUUUCGAUAUUUCAGAUCGUAGUGACGCGGGUAUCAUCUAA